AUGGCGCAGAAUGCAGACCUGCAAGCGGCCGACUUCGAGGCGGCCGACGGCGAGGCGGCCGACGGCGAGGCGGCCGACGGCGAGGCGGCCGACGGCGAGGCGGCCGACCGCAAGACGGCCGACGGCGAGGCGGCCGACGGCGAGGCGGCCGACGGCGAGGCGGCCGACGGCGAGGCGGCCGACGGCGAGGCGGCCGACGGCGAGGCGGCCGACGGCAAAGCGGCCGACGGCGAGGCGGCCGACGGCAAAGCGGCCGACGGCGAGGCGGCCGACCUAGUUAAACCCUACGGAUAUGUGUUGUCCUGUUGGAAGUCCUCGCCCAGGCUCGCUCAGACCGGCGGGGGGAUCGGGCGGGAGGCGAGCCGAAGCAGCAGCUUUCGUCGCGCAGCGCGCGGUCCCUUUUUGUGGGUGUCGGUGCAGCAUUACCUGCCGGGUCGCUCUAGCUAUCACUUCUCGGUCGCCGAGGCGCCCUGCCGAUGGCGCUUAGUCCCACCUGCUUCUGCUACAGGACGAGGGAAAGAAGCCAGCGAUCCACCUUAUGAGGAUAGCACACGUGGAGGUGCAGACCACGUUGACCGCGGAACUGGAGGCGGCGGGGCCAGCCUGACCGCCCCCGCCUACUCACCUUGGUCCGCCUCGCCGUCGCCUGCUCCCUGGAUUACGGGCCGGCAAUGGCUGGGGCGGGCGGCCUGCUGCGCUGCUGCGGCGGCUGUAGCCCUGAGCUUGGCCUUGGGCGCCGACAGUGGAGUCGCUGCUGCCGCUACUGCCGCCGCCACCUCGCAAUCGGGGGUCCCCGUCCGGCUUCUGAAAGCUGCGCGCCUUAACCAGGACAACGAUGGCGUUGUGAUCGCUGCUACCUCCGAAACCAUCGACGUGAGGUUGACUUCGGAGCAUCAGUUGCUUCAGCUGCAGCAGCAUCCGCCGGCGAUCCUCGUGUCCCCUGGGCUGAUGCUGCUGGUCCAGCCGACGACACAGCCGGGGGCCAGCGGCGUCACCGCCGACGGCGGCAGCAUGCCGUACGGCACUGUUACACAGCGGCCGGUGCCCACGGCGGCGGCAAAUCGGUUUCUUCAGCCCGCUGCUGGCGUCGCCUCCACCACCUCAACCGUGGACGGUGACGGUGACGGCAUCCUCCCGUACGGCUCCACAUCUCCAUCUCCUGGCCUCCGCUUCACACUCGACACCGCAUUACGACCCGGCGGCGCCGUCGACGUCGACGUCGACGCCUCAGAGCCGACCGGUAGCAGCUUCAUCGCGGGCACCGUAGCGGAGGCGGCAGCCGCCCGCCACCACGGCGGCGGCGAGCGCAUCGCGGGAGUACCGUACCACGGCAGUAGCACCACCCGCAGUAGCGGCAUCCCGGAUGUCGCCAGUGAGACGGAGGAUCGGUUGCUGGAGGUGGCUCGGCAGGUGGAGGCCCGCGUGGAGGGGGUUCUGGGGGCGCUGGCGGGGGGGGUACCGCAGCUGCUGGCUGGUGGUGGAGGUGGAGGUGGAGCUGCAGGCCAGGACGCGGCCCAGGGCGCCGCUACCUCAGCUGCGCACUCCUUGGUCCGGGAGGUGUGGGAGGUCGCGGAUAACUACUACCUGGACGCGCGGGCAACGGGGUUCGACCGGCAGCGAUGGGCCGAGCUGCGGGAUGAGGCACUCGCGGUGCCGUACCGUGAUACGGCAGCGGGGUACAGGGCUGUUCGCGACAUGCUGGCGCGGGGGCUCUCAGACCCCUACUGCCGAUUCAUAGGGCCCUCAGAGCUGGAGGCUAUGAAAAAGUACGACGUUAGCGGUGUGGGACUCAACUUGGGUACGGCAGCCGAGUACGUCAUUAAAACGGGUAAUGCGCUGCCUUUGUCUAGAGACCCCACUGCGGCGGGCGAAGGGGGCGAGGGGGGGGAGGGCGUCUUCGUGGUGGGAGUCAGCAAGGGCAGCGUCGCCGACCUGGCGGGUGUACGGCAGGGGGACGAGCUGCUCGAGAUCCAGGGCCGGUCACUGGAAGCCACGACGCCGUUUCGCGCGGCGGGGCUCAUUUCCGGAGCAGCCGUAGAGGCGGAGGAGCAGCAGCAGGGCGGGGCCGGCAGUAGCGGCAGUAGCGGCGACCGCCAGCAGCAGGAGCAGGAGCAGCGGCGAUCCGUAAAGGGGACCUCAGCCGGAGAGGUUGUCUUGAUCAAGGUGGUCCGUCACAGCUCAGGCCAGGAGGAGGAGCUGUCCCUGGUUAGUCCUCGCCGUACACUGCCCUCCGCCGUAUCCUCGUCCCUCACCCGCAGCAUAGUGAUGCUUCCGGGGGGUGCGCGGGGGGAGGAGCUGGUGGGCACCGUGAGGCUGACCAGCUUCAACGCGAGGGCGCAGGCUGAUGUGGCUGCUGCCGUACGGCAGUUGGAGUCCGCAGGCGCCACCCGACUGGUCCUGGACCUGCGCGACAACCGUGGCGGCCUGGUGACUGAGGGGCUGGAGGUGGCCAGGCUGUUCUUGGGAGGCGAUGCACCCAUCGUCAUUACGGAGCGCCGGGAUGCGGCGCCCGACACGCCCCGCGCCCCCGGUCCCGCACUCACCUCCGCGCCCCUGCUGGUGCUGGUCAACGGUCACACAGCAUCCGCGUCGGAGAUAGUGGCGGGUGCGCUGCACGACAACUGCCGUGCUGUACUCGCCGGGAGCCGUACGUACGGCAAGGGUUUGAUCCAAAGCGUGUACGAGCUGAGCGACGGGUCAGGGCUCGUGAUCACAGUGGGCAAAUACCUGACGCCCCGCGGUACGGACAUUGAUCGGUACGGCAUCAAACCCGAUUUCAACAGCGUGCCCUCCGGCACGCAGUACGACAGUACGAUAAAGGCGUGCAAGCUUGCGGCACCGGCAAUAUCAUCGGCUGCGUCAGCUGCGUCGCUAACAGCGGUUUUAGGGGAUUUGGACAUCGCGGUGUUCAGUGCACCGACGCCCGUAGCUGCUGUGGUCGGCAGUGGCGGAAUCGUUGGCGGGGGCGAGUCACCGACGACUUGUACCAUGUCCUUUGCCUUUAGUCAUGUGGGUCAUAUGGAGGACUAUGGAGAAACUGCGACAGCGUUUCAAUCGCUGGGUCUGCCCCAGCUGGUUUGUCCCAGCAGCAAACUACACGAUGUGUGGUUAACGCCGGACGCAUCUAAACACCCCGGGCUUCCGCACAAUUGA